UUUUAUCCAUUACGGUCAGUCCAGGCUUCAGUGCCGCUACUGAGAAAAAAAUGGUGAACUUGGGUGCGUCCAAGGUGUUAACGGCGACCAGAGAUCUCAUAAGCUCGUCAACCACCUCUUUAACUCACUUCCGCCCUCUCACCUGCGCCUCCGCCUCCGCCUCCACUGCCUGUCAUCCUGCACGAUUGGUUCCCCACCCACCUGACUUGGUCAAAUGGGUCAGGCAGGAAGGGGGUUUCGUUCACCAUGGGUUGAAGAUAGCAGCUGGAGACUCCUAUGGACUCGGUUUAGUGGCUUCUGAAGAGAUUCCAAAAGGGUCUGAUCUAAUCGCACUUCCUAGUCAUUUGCCGCUGCGCUUUCGGUCGCUGGACUCUGAGGAUGGGGAUGGUAUUGAGUCUGUUCUAAUCCAGUUAGCUCGACAAGUUCCUGAGGAACUGUGGGCAAUGAGAUUGGGCUUGAAGCUUCUUCAAGAAAGAGCUAAGGUUGGUUCCUUCUGGUGGCCAUACAUCAGCAAUCUUCCUGAAACUUACAGUGUACCCAUUUUCUUUCCUGGGGAUGACAUAAAGAACCUGCAGUAUGCUCCUCUUCUUUACCAGGUAAAUAAGAGAUGUCGGUUUCUUCUUGAUUUUGAGAGAGCAAUGAAAGAUGCACUUGAGAACGUGAGACCAGAGGAUCAUCCUUUUGGGGGCCAAAAUAUAGAUGCAUCUUCACUUGGCUGGGCCAUGUCAGCAGUAUCUUCUCGGGCAUUCCGUUUACAUGGUGAACAGAUCCCAGAUGGAACCCAUGCUGAUAUCCCAAUGAUGCUUCCUCUCAUUGACAUGUGCAACCAUAGCUUCAAUCCAAAUGCUCAGAUUGUACAGGAAAAAAAUAUAAGGAACUCCAACAUGUUAGUGAAGGUUGUAGCGGAAGCACACAUCAAACGAGAUGACACAAUACUUCUUGAUUAUGGUUGCUUGAACAAUGACCUUUUUCUUCUAGAUUAUGGAUUUGUGAUCCUAUCAAACCCCUAUGACUGUAUUGAGCUCAGGUAUGAUGGAGCUCUUUUAGAUGCAGCAAGCAUGGCUGCUGGGGUUUCAUCCCCUAACUUCUCUUCACCUACCCAAUGGCAGCAACAAAUUCUAGCUCAGCUGAAUUUACAAGGCGAAGAUGCCCUUCUCAAGGUAAGCUUAGGGGGGACUGAAUUAGUGGAGGGCCGCUUAUUAGCUGCCUUAAGAGUACUCCUUGCGAAUGACAUGGAAACAGUACAGAAGCACGAUCUGAGUACACUGAAGUCGUUAACAGCAGAAGCCCCACUUGGGAUAUCAAAUGAAGUAGCCGCUCUUCGCACUGUUAUUGCUUUAUGUGUGAUUGCACUAGGGCAUUUCCCAACCAAAAUAAUGGAGGACGAAUCAUUGCUGAAAGGUGCCUCUGGCCCAACUGAAUUGGCUAUCCAAUUCCGGGUCCAGAAGAAAUCUGUGAUCAUAGAUGUGAUGAGAGACCUGACCCGGCGGGUGAAGAUACUGUUGUCCAAGGAAACAGCCAUAGCCCAGGGUUGAUAUUCUUGAGAUAGACAUAGUUUUCUACAACUCUGGCUACAUUCUAUUUUAUUCCAUUUCCCCAGCAUACAAUUACUUCAUUGUUGAUAUGUUUCAGAAAAUUUUGGCUGGCAUAGCUAAUAAUCAUUAAUAUUUUACUUAUGGUAUUUCAAUUUCACAUUUGGGUUAA